UAAACUCCCUGUACUCAGACGGCAAUGAGACUGUUCCAGCCUGCGCCAGUGCUCUGAUUUCUUGCCUGUGACUUGUAAACAGCAUACCAUGCAGGACAAGAGUAACUGCUAAAGGUCUACCCAGGGAAAGGAUACUGCAUGAGCAACUGUAAGAACUGGAUGGAUAUACUUUGGAAAGCAUGGACCCUCUAGCACAUCUAGUUCUCUAUGGAUUCAGCCUGUUGAUUUCAGGUAAAGUAGAAGCAGCGCUGGACCUCAUACUGAUCAAUUCCUUCCCUCUGGUGGGCAACUCUGAGACAUCACUUAUAUGUGUCACUUCCAAAUGGCGUUCCCGUGAGUCUAUCACCAUAGGCCGGGACCAGGACGAUGUAGCAAACCAGCACCGAGAACCGCUGGAAGUUAAUGAAGACUCCAAGAGAGCAGCAGCCAAAACAGUCGUGUGGAAGAGGGAACAGGCCAGUGAAACUAUUGGAGCAUAUUACUGUGAAGGGAAACUCAAGGAUGAGGUGAAAAGGAUACAUACCAUGAAGAUGCCACUGGGAGCUUCAUUCCACCCAGUGGCAUUAACUGUUACAGCAAAUAAGGGAGAGCAUGUGAACAUUUCCUUCAUCAGAAUGGCAUCAAAAGAGGAAGAUGCAGUGAUCUACAAGAAUGGCUCCUUCAUCCACUCUGUGCCCAGGCAUGAAGUGCCAGGAGAACUGGAAGUCUCCUAUCCUCAAGUUCAGCCACAGGAUGCAGGGGUUUACUCUGCCAGAUAUAUAGGAGGAAACCUUUUUACUUCUGCUUACACAAGGCUUAUUGUAAGACGAUGUGAAGCUGAGAAAUGGGGCCCUUCCUGUAGCUUCCACUGCCCUUCCUGCACAAACAAUGGCAUUUGUCAUGAAGAUACAGGGGAAUGCAUCUGUCCUCCAGGUUUUAUGGGCAAAACAUGUGAGAAAGCUUGCGGAGCCAACAGAUUUGGCAAAACAUGUGAAGAGACCUGUAAAGAAAAUUACGGCUGCAGAAACUUUAUGUUCUGUCUACCAGAUCCAUAUGGUUGUUCUUGUGCCACAGGAUGGAUGGGACUGGAAUGUGAUAAAGAAUGCAAACCUGGGUUUUAUGGGUCAGAUUGCAAACUCAAAUGUAAUUGCCACAAUCGAGGAACAUGCGACAGAUUCAAUGGCUGCAUCUGCUCCCUUGGAUGGCAUGGUCUGCAAUGUGAAAAAAAAGGUUCAGCAGAACUUUCGCCUCAGAUAGUAAACUUACUAGAUCCUGUGGAACUCAAUUCUGGUGUCGAGUUCAAGCCAUUUUGUAUAGCAACAGGGAUGCCACUUCCUAAAUCUGAAGAAUUCAAACUCUUGAAGCAAGAUGGAACUGUCCUAAGGCCUGAUGAAAUUUCUACCAGUAAUCGUUCUGAAGCCAUGUUUCGAAUUAAUCGAAUCCUGCCCGGUGAUACAGGAACUUGGGUUUGCAGUGUGCAGACUGUAGCAGGAAUGGCAGAGAAACCAUUUCAAGUUACAGUUAAAGUUCCUCCUGUGCCACAGUAUGCCCCAAGGCUGACAGAUAAAGGACACAAUUUUCUCAUCAUUGAUAUCAAUGCUGAGUUACACAAUGGAGAUGGACCAGUUGUGUCAACAAAACUUCUGUACAAGCCAGCAAAACGUUAUCAAUCCUGGAUGUCUGUGGAAGUAAAAGGCACAACUAAAAGACUGGACAAUCUGGAACCCAAAACUGAGUAUCAGUUCUGUGUUCAGCUGAGUCGGCAAGGGGAAGGUGGGGAAGGCCAUCCUGGACCACAGGCCAGCUUCACAACAGCUGCACUUGGUCUUCCUCCACCAGAAGGUAUCACUCUCUUUCCAAAAAGUAUGACAUCACUGAAUUUGUCAUGGCAUCCUUUAACACUGAGGACAGAGGAUGAUAUUCGUGUUGAAGUGGAAAGGAAGAGCGUGAAUGACAACGGUGACGAGAGCAGUGUUAUUACUCAAGUGCCAGGAAAUAUGUCCACCUUGAUCAUUAAAGAUCUUGAGCCUAGACAGCAAUACAUGUGCAGGGUACGGGUGAACACCAGGUCCCAAGGAGAAUGGAGCAACUAUCUGUAUGCAUGGACUUUCAGUGACAGAAUCCCUCCUGCACCAAACAAUAUCAGGUUUUCUAACACCACAGACACAUCCUCAGUCAUCUCUUGGACAGCUGCUGAGGGUCAUUCCAUCUCCUCCAUCAUCAUCAGCUACAAAAUUUAUGGCAAGGCUGAGUACAACCACAUUGAUAUUACCAUAAAGAACACCAGCAUUACUCAAUAUCACCUCAAGGGACUCGAGCCAGACACGGUGUACCAGGUUCAGAUUAAUGCUCAGAACAACAUUGGCUUGAGCAACCCGAAUACAUCAUUUGAACUGAAGACUCUUCCAGAAACUAAAGCUCCAUAUGAAUCAAAAGGAGGCAAAAUGCUGCUUAUUGCUAUCCUUGGCUCUGCAGGGAUGACCUGUGUAACAAUUCUCCUGGCCUUUCUCAUCAUGCUGCAGUUAAAACGAGCCAACUUCCAGCGUCGAAUGGCUCAGGCUUUCCAAAAUGUGGUGAGGGAAGAGCCAGCUCUGCAGUUCAACUCAGGUACUCUCACUCUGAGCAGGAAAGCCAAAAACAGCCAAGAUCCUACUAUUUAUCCAGUUCUUGAAUGGAAUGACAUAAAAUUUCAAGAUGUGAUUGGGGAAGGUAACUUUGGGCAAGUCCUGAAAGCACGCAUUAAGAAAGAUGGCUUACGCAUGGAUGCUGCAAUAAAAAGGAUGAAAGAGUAUGCUUCAAAAGAUGAUCACAGAGAUUUUGCUGGAGAACUUGAAGUUCUUUGUAAACUUGGUCAUCAUCCCAACAUCAUAAAUCUUUUGGGAGCAUGUGAACAUAGGGGAUAUCUUUACCUUGCUAUUGAAUAUGCCCCCCAUGGAAAUUUACUGGACUUCCUUCGGAAAAGCAGAGUACUAGAGACAGAUCCAGCAUUUGCUAUUGCCAACAGUACUGCAUCUACACUUUCCUCUCAACAACUUCUGCAUUUUGCAGCAGAUGUUGCCAGAGGGAUGGACUACUUGAGCCAGAAACAGUUUAUUCAUCGAGAUCUGGCAGCAAGAAACAUCUUGGUUGGAGAAAAUUAUGUUGCAAAAAUAGCUGACUUUGGCUUAUCAAGAGGUCAAGAAGUUUACGUUAAGAAGACCAUGGGACGGCUUCCAGUGCGAUGGAUGGCAAUUGAAUCUUUGAAUUACAGUGUUUACACCACAAAUAGUGAUGUAUGGUCAUAUGGUGUCCUCUUAUGGGAAAUUGUUAGUUUAGGUGGAACACCAUAUUGUGGAAUGACAUGUGCAGAACUAUAUGAAAAACUCCCUCAAGGGUACCGACUGGAAAAGCCUCUCAACUGUGACGAUGAAGUGUAUGACCUAAUGAGACAGUGCUGGAAAGAGAAACCUUAUGAAAGACCAUCAUUUGCUCAGAUACUGGUGUCACUGAACAGGAUGUUAGAAGACAGGAAGACCUAUGUGAAUACUACCCUAUACGAGAAAUUUACUUAUGCAGGCAUUGAUUGCUCCGCUGAAGAAGCUGCUUAAGACAGGACAAAUCUUCAUUCAUUAAUGAUGUGUUACAGAAAACCUAAGUUCAAUCUGCUGGAGCUCAAAGUGUGACAUGCUGUGUAGGACUGUGUAUAGCUCUAACUAUAUAUAAUACAGCAAGAAUGUUUUACCACUGUUAUGUGUGUGUACAUCACACAGUAACCUCUGCCUUCACAGGCUACAGAAUCACAGAAUCACAGAAUCACAGAAUCACAGAAUCACAGAAUCACAGAACGUGUAGGUUGGAAGAGACCUUCAAGAUCAUCCAGUCCAACCCAUGCCUUAACACCUCAACUAGAUCAUGGCACCAAGUGCCAUAUUGAAUCUUUUUUUUUACAUACAUCCAGGGAUGGUGACUCCACCACCUCCCCAGGCGGACUAUUCCAGUACUUUAUCACUCUUUCCAUGAAAAACUUUUUCCUAACAUCCAAACUAUAUUUCCCUUUAUGCACCUUGAGACUGUGUCCUCUCGUUCUUCAAUUGCUGCCUGGAAAAACAGACCAGCCCCCAGCUGUCUACAACCACCUUUCAGGAAGUUGUAGAGAGUGAUAAGGUCGCCUCUGAGCUUCCUUUUCUCCAGGUUAAACAACCCCACCUCCCUCAGUCGUUCUUCAUAUGGCUUGUUUUCCAAGUCCUUCACCAGCCUCGUUGCCCUCCUCUGGACACGCUCAAGCAUCUCAACGUCUCUCCUAAACUGAGGGGCCCAGAACUGGACACAAUACUCAAAGGUGAGGCCUGACCGGUGCCGAGUACAGGGGAAGAAUGACCUCCCUGCUCCGGCUGGCCACCCCAUUCCUGAUCCAGGCCAGGAUGCCAUUGGCCCUCUUGGCCACCUGGGCACACUGCUGGCUCAUGUUCUGCCACUGACACCCAUACCCCCAGGUCCCUUUCCUCCUGGGCACUGUCCAGCCACACCUUUCCCAGCCUAUAACGCUUCAGGGGGUUAUUGUGGCCAAAGUGCAGGACUCGGCACUUGGACUUAUUUAACUAUCUCAGUUACAGGUUUCAUAUUCUCAGAAUCUAAGCAACCAUAUUUAUAGGGCUUUCUGCGUUCAUCCUUCCCAACAGACUUAUUUAACUCCAUCUUGUUAGACUCUGCCCAUCCAUCCAACCAUUCCAGAUCUCUCUGCAGAGCCCUCCUACCUUCCAACAGAUCGACACAUGCUCCCAGCUUAGUGUCAUCCGCAAAUAUACUGAUCAGAGAUUCAGUACCCCCAUCCAUGUCAUCAAUAAAAAUAUUGAACAGAACUGGCCCCAGCACAGAUCCAUGAGGGACACCACUGGUGCCUGGCUGCCAGCUGAAUGCAGCACCGUUCACCGCCACUCUCUGGGCCCGGCCAUCCAGCCAGUUCCUAACCCAGCAAAGAGAGCUCCUGUCCAAGCCACAGGCUGCCAGCUUAUCCAGGAGUGUAUAUACUGUCCAAAGCAGGUAUAGACUGAAGUAAUGAAAUCUGUUGAUUCAUAUGCAGGGUUUUCUCUUUUUUUUCUAGUCAUGUAGAUACAAUGUCUACAUACAUAUCAUAAUGCAUUAGGUAUUUCCAUCUUAGAGGUUUAUGUUUUCCAAGAGCUACUUGUAGCAAAGUGGUAACUUAUUGCAGUAUUCCAUAUACAUUUAAUUAUGUUUGAAACAAAAAUACUGGGCAGUUGCUGUGCAACAAUGGAAGUUGUAAUCCAGCAUGCUCAAUAAGGAUAAUUAAGACAGAUUCCUUUUUGAAUGCAAAAGUCAGCUAGUAGAAAUAAUCUUGUCAAAAGUUCUGUUUGCACUCAUAAGAUAUAAAGUAUUCUAUUGCUCCUUCAUUGCCUAGUGUGACUGUCAAGUUUUUGCCCAUAUGCAAAUAUACAUAUAUUUUGAAGUGUUUAAUGCUAUCAGAGGCAACCAUACAGCAAUAUUCAUGAAAUGUAAUGUUGAGGAGCAUACUACGUACUGUAAACCAUAUUUUUACAACUCAUCUGGAUAUACAUGGGACCUAUUCAAUUUGUAUUUAAUUUGAUAAUUUCACUGCAUAAUUAUAAAUUACUACCUAUUAUAUACAAGCAGGGCUUACUUACUUAUUUUUGUUUAUUUUAUCCUCUCAUUCUGUCUGUAGUAUGGGACGCCCUUUUAAAAAUAUCAUACUCACACACUUCGAAACAGUAAUAUUUGACCUGCCAGAAAGGUCCCUAGUCCUUAGAUAAGACAAAUAGAGACAGGAUUGGCUUGAACUUCUGGUGUCAAGCUAAGUACAAGGGAUUUGAUGGAUUUACUCUAUCCAAAUUUCACAUAAUAGCCAACUUCAUGUUUUGCACAUAUGUUCCCCUCUUGCCCUUGACUUACCAGCCCAUAACUGUUCAUCAGACCACAAUGAUUCCCAGUUGGGUGCAACAGGUCAUCCUCUAAGACAUGGAGAAAGAUGCUUGAGAGAGUGUAAGGUUUCCCAGUCUGAUUCUUACUUUGUGGAUGGGUAUGUGAUUGGUUACAAGGUGGGGUUAUCACAGCAGAAUAGAGAGUAACAUUAAUGAUAUAGACUACCCUGACUCAAAUAGAAGCACCAAGAGUCCUAUUAAGAGGGGAUAAGCCAAAAAACAAGGAUGCUGAGAUGACUUGUGUGGCCUUGAGACAGGCAGAACUUGCAUUGUAAACCAGGUGCUAGAUGUAAACUAGGAGUUUAUUGUUGGGGAUUAAAAUAAGUUUACUUAUAGAAUAUUAGAAAUUGUCUGUAUAGGUUUAAGUUUUAUUGUAACUUGCUUUUACCCUAGCAUGAGAGGGCCCUGCUCAAAACUUAGGGUAGGUGAAUUUUAAAUGAACUGUGUUACCACAAUAGCUAAGCAGGGGAGAAAACAGAGAAAGACUGGUUAUCUUCAGAUAAGGGCUGAGAUCCCGGAAGGGCACAAGACUGCCCCAAGCUGGAAGAUAAGAGCAGAUAAUGGCACAUGAACCCGGAGGAUCCAAUGAGGUGUCAGAAGACCCCAGAUCAUAAAUCACCAUAGGAAUAAGAGGCUUAUGCAGGGCACAGGACAAAAGUCGGGUUCACAGACUGUAAGGGUAUAAAGGCCCAGGGAUUUGUUUGGUCAGACUCCCACUCUGGUGGCAUCCAGCUCUAACU